AUGCCAACGGCAAAAAAAGACACCGAUUAUUGGGUUGUUGAUGUCAUUGAAAAUGGUGUGACUUAUUGUAUGGAGCUGACUGUUAAGAAGGCAUUGGCACUUCCUCCGGAAAAGAAGAUCAUGCUAAACCAUAACAGAGAGUUGCAACAAGUUGGUCAGGCAGCAGGCCUAUUGAGCGGGUUCUUGGGGACAUUGGCGUCUGAUUUUCAACAGUUGCCAAUUGGUGAAAAAAGUUGGAAGACAACGAGCAAGGCUUCCAAGGAGCAUGCCUUUGACCAGUUUAAGCGAGUCUUCCACUAUGAGGACAAUGGAAAAGGGAUCAUAAAGCGGAAAAUUGUACAAAGGAUAGGAAAUUCCUGGAGGAACGCAAGGAAUCAUUUGUUCCAUAAGGUUUAUGACGAAGAACUGACUUUUGACCAAAACCUCAAGCGUAAGCCAGCAGGAAUAGAGGAGAAGUGUAAAAAAAUGCUGCUAAUCAUUCAAAGCAACUGUACACACAUACCGGAGAAGCUACGACAGGGAAGACCUAUUGGUAGAGGAGAGGAAUGGACCAUGAGUCAUAAAAAAAAGAAUGGUUCGUAUAUGAAUGAAGAUGCGCGUCUGGUUGGGGAAGCAAUUGAACACAUUGAGAGCCAAGACCCCUCCAGCAAGGAAUUUUCAUAUAUGUACAAGUGCUUGGAAAGGAGCACCCAGGAAGAGUUCGUGGACUCGGUUUUGGUCCAUGUCCCAGUUUUAUGUUGGGCCGAGAAAUGA